AUGGGGCUCCCGGGAGAGGGGGACUCCCUGCAGAGCCGGGGGGACACAGGGCACGGACCCUGCUACGAUGAGCUCGUCGCUCCCCUCUACUCCUCGUCCAUCGGUGCCUCCUCCAGAUACAACAUCUUCUACUCGUCCAGCUUCGCCCGGCUGCACAGCACCAGCGGCUGGUCCCCCGACCCCCGGGACAAGCAGCCCUGGCUCCAGAUCGACCUGAUGCAAAAGCACCGGAUCAACGCGGUGGCCACGCAGGGGACCUUCAACACCUACGACUGGCUGACGCGAUACAUUGUGCUCUAUGGAGACCACCCCACCAGCUGGAAACCCUUCUUCCAGCAGGGCAGCAACUGGACGUUCUUCGGGAAUGUGAACGAGAGCGGGGUGGUGCGGCACGACCUGCACUACCCCAUCCUGGCACGCUACAUCCGCAUCAUCCCGGUGGCCUGGAACCCGCGCGGGAAGAUCGGGCUGCGUCUGGGCCUCUAUGGCUGCCCCUACCGGUCCCACGUGCUCUUCUUUGACGGGGAUGACGCCAUCUCCUACCGCUUCCGGGCCAAGAAGAUCAGCACCCUUGAGGAUGACAUCUCCUUCAACUUCAAGACGCUGGAGCAGGAUGGGGUGCUGAUGCACGGGGAGGGCUCGCAGGGUGACUACAUCACGGUGGAGCUCAAGCAGGCCCAGCUCCUCCUGCACAUCAGCUUAGGUGAGGCGGGGCCGGGGGCCGGGAGCCGGGGGGGCCACACGACGGCGGGGGUGGGCAGCCUCCUGGAUGACCAGCACUGGCACUCGCUGCACAUCGAGCGCUACGGCCGCCACGUCAACCUGACACUGGACGGGGAGGUCAAGCGCUUCCGCUGCCACGGCACCUUCGACCAGCUCGACCUCGACACCGAGCUCUUCUUCGGGGGGGUGAUCGACCAGGACAAGCAGCACCUCACCUACCGGCAAAACUUCCGGGGCUGCGUGGAGAACAUCAUCUUCAACGGGGUCAACAUCGCCGACCUGGCCCGGCACCGGAGGCCCAACAUCCGUUUCGAGGGCAGCGUGGGCCACUACUGCCAGGACCAGCUGAACAACCCCAUCACCUUCGCCGGCAUCAACAACUAUGUGCGGGUGCCAGGGAUCCCACGGAGGAACCGCCUGGCUGUCAGCUUCCGCUUCCGCUCCUGGGACACCGCCGGGCUGCUGCUCUACACCAGCUUCGCCGACCGCCUGGGCUCCCUCGAGGUGGUGUUGAGCGAGGGGCAGGUCAAUGUCUCCAUUGCCCAGCCCGGCAAGAAGAAGCUGGAGUUUGCUGCAGGGCAUCGCCUGAACGACGGCUUCUGGCACUCGGUGCAGCUGGUGGCACGGGACGGCUCGGCCGUGGUGACCAUCGACGAUGACGAUGGCGCCGAGUUUCGGGUGGCACACCCCUUCCAGCUCCCCCCCAACCUGUGCGAGCACGACAGCCGCUGCGUCCAGUCCUGGGACGACUUCAUGUGUAUCUGCGACCUGACGGGGUACAAGGGGGAGACCUGCCACAAAUCCCUUUACAAGGAGUCGUGCGAUGCUUACCGGGUCAGCGGGAAAACCUCAGGGAACUACACCAUCGACCCGGACGGCAGCGGGCCGCUCAAGCCCUUCACGGUGUACUGCGACAUCCGAGAGGACCGAGCAUGGACUAUCAUCCGGCACAACCGCCACUACGCCACGCGGGUGACGGGCUCCAGCGUGGACCAGCCCUUCCUGGGGGCCGUAGAGUACUGGAAUGCCUCCUGGGAUGAGGUCUCAGCGCUGGCGAAUGCCUCUGAGUACUGCGAGCAGCGCAUCGAGCUCCACUGCUACAGCUCCCGCCUGCUCAACACCCCCUCUGGGCUGCCCUUCAGCUUCUGGAUGGGCCGACACAACGAGCGGCACUACUACUGGGGGGGCUCACGGCCGGGCAUCCAGCGUUGCGCCUGUGGGUUGGACAAGAACUGCGCCGACCCCAAGUACUUCUGCAACUGUGACGCCGACCACGCGCUGUGGAGGACGGACAAGGGUCUGCUGAGCUUCGUGGACCACCUGCCCGUCACCCAGGUUGUGGUUGGAGACACCAACCGCUCCGGCUCUGAAGCCCAGUUCCUGCUGGGCCCUCUACGGUGCUACGGAGACCGCAACACCUGGAACACCGUCUCCUUCAACAGGGGCGCAGCCCUGCUCUUCCCUACCUUCCAGGCUAACCACAGCCUCGACAUCUCCUUCUACUUCAAGACCACUGCCCUGUCUGGCGUCUUCCUGGAGAACCCCGGCUCCCGAAACUACAUCCGCAUCGAGCUCAACACCACCAGGGACGUGGUGUUUGCCUACGACAUCGGGAACGGGGACGAGAACCUGACGGUGCGGUCGGUGGUGCCCUGGAAUGAUGACGAGUGGCACCAGGUGAAGGCUGAGCUCAACGUCAAGCUGGCACGACUGCGGGUGGACAAGCUGCCCUGGGUGGUGCGGCCGGCCCCCCCCCAGAGCUUCGUCCGCCUGGACUUCGACAGGCCCCUCUACGUCGGCGCGGCAGAGCACAAGAUGCGCCCGUUCUUGGGGUGCCUGCGGGCACUGAGGAUGAACGGGGUGACGCUCAACCUGGAGGGCAAGGCCAACGAGACGGAGGGCGUGCGGGUCAAUUGCACCGGCCAUUGCCAGGACCCACCGGUGCCCUGCCAGAACAGCGGGCUCUGUGUCGAGCGCUACAGCCACUACAGCUGCAACUGCAGCAUCUCCGCCUUCGACGGGCCCUUCUGCAACCACGACAUCGGCGGGUACUUCGAGGAGGGCACCUGGGUGCGGUACAACAUCCUGCCGAUGUCGCUGUACGCCGCCCGCGAGUUCGCCAGCAUCGUCAGCAGCCCCUGGCAGCCCCUGCCCGACAUCGGCGGGUACUUCGAGGAGGGCACCUGGGUGCGGUACAACAUCCUGCCGAUGUCGCUGUACGCCGCCCGCGAGUUCGCCAGCAUCGUCAGCAGCCCCUGGCAGCCCCUGCCUGGCUACAACCUCACCAGCGAGGAGGUCAGCUUCAGCUUCAGCACCACCUCGGCGCCUGCCGUGCUGCUCUACGUCAGCUCCUUCGUCAAGGACUACAUGGCCGUGCUUAUCAAGGAUGACGGGAGCCUGCAGCUGCGCUACCAGCUGGGCACCAGCCCCUACGUCUUCGCCCUCACCACCAAGCCGGUGACGGACGGGAGGCCCCACCGCGUCAACAUCCCCCGCCUGCACCGCACGCUGUACACCCAGGUGGACUAUCUCCCCGUCAUGGAGCAGCAGUUCUCCCUGUUCGUGGACAGCAAGCUGGACUCACCCAAAAACCUGUACCUGGGGCGCGUGAUGGAGACCGGCGUGAUUGACCCCGAGAUCCAGCGCUACAACACGCCCGGCUUCUCAGGCUGCCUCUCGGGGGUGAAGUUCAACAGCCUGGUCCCCCUCAAAGCCAUCUUCCGCCCCACCAGCGUCGUGCGGCCCUACAGCAUCCGAGGGGAGCUGGUGGAGUCCAGCUGCGCCUCCAUGCUGCCCCUCACCACCAUCCUCAUCCCCCCCGAGAUGGACCCCUGGUACAUGGGCACAGAGUUCCCCCACGUGCACGACGACGCCAGAGCCACGAAGGAAGCCACGCAAUACCCGGCCUCGGGGCGCAGCCCGGGGCACGCCAAGCAAUACCCUGCCCAUGCGGGCGACGGCUGCCGCUGCCGCGCAUGA